CCCCCUCCACUAGACGCACCAUCAAUUGACAUGGCAAUCAAAAACGUCAAUCACAAUAAAGAAUUAGAUGGUCAGAAGCGCUACUUGGCCAGGUUGUCACUCGGGCUUAAAAAUUUAUAUCAUUGUUUUGUCAUUCUACGAAUGACACCAAAGGACACUCUGGAUUUACUUGCAUAUAUAUUAUUGUUUUUUUUUUAGAUCUGUUUUACUGACCAAACGGUGACCUACUACUAGGUCUACUUGAGAUUGUUUGUUAUUACAAAGUGAUGUUUUGUGAUUUAGUAGUGUUUAAUUAUUCGUGGCUAAGCUUGUCAAGUUAUUAAAUAAGAUCUAGAUCUAAAAUAUUAUCAAGCUAAAUCUAUAAUUCCAUAAAGUAGUCCGUUUAAAUACUAUUGUUUGUUUCGGACCGUGUUAAAAAGUUUUAAAAAACUUUUUUAAAAGUUUUAGACUUAUAAACUUUAUAAAACAAAGAGCUCUACCCAUUAUCUAAAAGUUGGGAUUAGUAACUGUUUUUUUUUUAAAUUCACACUUCGGUGUGUUUAUUCUGGAACUGUUGCCCCUGAGAGCCUCUGGUCGCAGCUCAUCACCUGAAAAACACGUGCAGUUAUCUAUUACAGCAUAGCUCUCACGCAAUAAGAAAAGAAGAAAAACGACCAUAAAAGUAACGGGCCUAUACACCCCUCCGUAAAAGUAGGUUGCUCCGGCCGGCGAGGUCAUUAGAUUGCAGCACAAAGUGCGGGCCACUGACUUGAUUGACCGCCAGCCUAGGAGAGGCGUGGCGACUAACAACACACCGGCAGGCAAUCUUACAACACGUUAGGCCAUAACGUUGUUUUUUUAACAGCUUUUCGCGUAACUGGAAAAAAAAAACACCUGAUCUGUGUGAGGCAGUUAGCCACGCUUGGCAACCCGCCGGCCACACAGACCAACGCUCCCCGACCCGGACCGAGAGCACACAAGACCGCACGCUACCAGUGGUCGAAAUCGAGCCGCUAAGAACAGUAUCUCUUAGUGUAGCGAGGAGAACGGUAUCGUGUGUUGUGUUUUGAUUGUGUUUACAGAGGGCACUGCGUUUUAUUGUGACGGGAAAGAGGUCAGUUGAUUUAACACCCCCAUUUAUCCUAUUGAUCCAAUCAGCCCAAUCGUUUCCCCACGGCCUAUUAUCUGGCUAACGCGUGUACUGGUCACCUUAACCGCUUGGGCAGCGUGAGAUGACCCGAAAUGACCCGCGGCUAAAGAGGGUCUUGUGAGGACGAUACUACAAGUGGAAUUAUUAUAUUUCGAAGGAAUUUAACGUUUACUUUCGUAAAACAUUCAAUACUGUGGACUACCGAAUGGACUGCCGCCAUAUUUGUUGUUAUUUUUAUUCUUUGUCCCUAUGAAGGCCAAACGGCGACCAAUGUUUUGAUGAAGUAUGAGAAAUGUCACGCCGUAAACAAGGCAGACCUCAACAGCGAAAAACGCUGGAUUCAUUGGCCUAUGACGGAGACCUCUGGUGCAUGGGCGCACCGAAAAGUUUGUUUCUGUUGCGGACAAUGUACACCUAUCUGGAACAAGUGGAGAAGGAGAGGGACCUGCUUGUAUGUGGAGAUUGUCAGACCAGCUUCGCCCUACAGGACAUUGUCCUCUUCAUCAAGCACAAGAAGCUGUGCUGUGACAAGGAAAAUGUGGACACGGUGGACGGCCGCUGCCGGAAGCCUGGCGGUGGAGGCAGCAACAACAACAACGAACCCGGCGAGCAGAGGGGCGAAGGGGGCGCCGACCAGGAGAACGAGGACGCCUCCAAGUCGUCCUCCCGGCGAGAGGAGGGCGACCUGGACGACGAGGACUUGGAGUCUGACCAGGAGGACAGUGAGGAGGAAGAGGACAGUGUUGCUAUGGAUACCUCAGGAUAUAGUUUGGUCAACGGCGAGGCACAGGACACCAAGCUGAAGAGGAGACAUCGAGAGGACAGGUCCUCGAGGACACCGCUUCGCCCAAAGCAGGUUGCUGAUGCCGAGUCCAACACCACACAUUCAGAGCCGUCCAGAUUUAUCUGUGAGACAUGCCGCAGUACGUACACCUCAGCAUGGGCGCUGCUCCAGCACGCUCAGAAGGAGCAUGGCAUGAAGAUCUACACCAGCCCCACUUCAUCCUCUACGCCCGUACCCAUCGCCCCACUAGACCUCGUGGUGCCGUCUUCCUCUCCCAGGUCUGGGCUGGACCACAGGUCCGUGUCCUCGACAGGGAGCGGCGGCUCAGCCUCCCCGUUCCCAGUGCACCCCACAAACCCCUUCUCCGCCACUUUCAGGUUGCCGCUGGACUCUCGCAUUGCGCACCCCACGUCCAUCAGCCCAUUUUCCCGCCCAAACUUCGACUUUGAUCUCAUCAACGACUAUCGAAUACGGCCGCAGCUUUUCGGCCAUGGUGCGGCCGGCUCAUUUGACCGAGCCCGUGCCCACCUGUCGCCGGCCUUUGACGCCAACAACUACGACUACUAUUCCAUGAGACUGAAACAGCUGGCCAGCUCGCCCAUGUCUGCUCAGUCCAAGUCUCCUUUCUCAGCAAACCAAUCAACGAACGCCUCUGGGGCGCCCACAUCCAAGCCUGGCAGCCCUUCUGGGGAAGCUUCAGCCGGAGCUUCGCCCAAGGGUAGAAAUACGUCACCGGUCAUGGCCUUGCCCCCGAAGUUGAAAGCUUGCGAAUUCUGCGGCAAGUCUUUCCGGUUCCAGAGCAAUCUGGUCGUGCAUCGGAGGUCGCACACGGGAGAGAAGCCUUACAAGUGUUCACUGUGUCCCCACGCAUGCACCCAGCAGAGCAAACUGAAGCGGCAUAUGAAGACUCACUCCAACAAGGCUGGCGGCGAGACAUUGACAGGCGAUGCCCUGAAGGUCAAGGAAGAGGACGACGCCGACGAUGCGGAAGACGAGGACGACGACGACGACGAGGACGAGGAUAACAACGGGGAGGACGAUGAGGAUGAAGAGGAAGAGCUCGACCUGGAGGACGACGAGAACGAGGAGGAGAUGGAGGGCACGAAAAAGGCAACGAAGAAGCAGGGGGAAGAGACCACCCCAGAGCCCGGCGAGAUUCGCCACGAGGCCAAGAGGAUCAAGCUGGAGAAGCUGGGCGAAGAGAAGGACGAAGAGCCCAGCGACCUGUCCACUAAGACUAAACCAGUGGAGAGCUUGCUAAGUGAAGUCAUGAAGAACUCUGUGCUCAACAGCAUACCGACCUACACCGAGGCCUUCAAGGCCGCACUCGCCGAGAGCCAAGAAACCAAGGAGGACAAAAGCAGCGACAAGAGUGUCGGGGGCGACGAUUCGCCCCGCUCGGGGAGUCCCAAGAGCCCCAGGUGUCGGGUAAAGCGUGAGCUUGAAUCCGAGAAAGAUUCCGACAAAGAUGACCCUAAAGACCGACUCUACAAAGAAAUCAGCGCGCUGAAAAGAAACUCUGCUGCUGGUCAGAACUGGACACCUGUUGACCCCGUCAUCUUAAGCCGACUACAGUACCCGCUUUUGUACAACCCUGCAGAGAGCUUAUUUUUUUCCAACUUCCCCCACCGCUUCCCCGCCAGCCGUGAUAGUGUGAACACUGAAGGCCACAACGGCCUCAACCUUAGUCCCACAGUUGCAACCACCAGUAGUGCCUUAAAGAACGACAGUCCGAGUAUCCCAUCCGUGUAUAAGCCCACACUCACCAGCCCACCCAACUUUUCCGCCUCCAACCGCAGGGGGACGUCCAGCGCCAGCAGCAGCCCCACGGGGAGCCUGCUGCUCCCCUCCAACGGUAGCAGCGCCGUCGCGUCCAACAAGAAGGAGAGCCGGCGUAACGACACGUGCGAGUUCUGCGGCAAGGUGUUCAAGAACUGCAGCAACCUGACCGUCCAUCGGAGGUCUCACACGGGAGAGAAGCCUUACAAGUGCAGCCUGUGCAGCUACGCCUGUGCCCAGUCCAGCAAGCUCACGCGCCACAUGAAGACUCACGGCCGCCUCGGGAAGGACGUGUACACUUGCAAAUUCUGCAAUAUGCCGUUCUCCGUGCCCAGCACCCUGGAGAAGCAUAUGAGGAAGUGCGUCGAGAACCGAAACGCCAGGCUCCUUGCUGCUGACACCGGGGACCUGAGCUCAGAGUCGAACGGAGAAGUUAGCCGGCAGUCCGAUUCCACCUCCGGGGUGUAUUGACAGUGUGUGGACUCUGAAGGGAGACUCACUACAGCAUAAUGAUUCUUUCUUUUUUGUUGUUUUACUCACGUGUUAGCAGUUGUUGUUGCUCUGUUUCAAGAAACUUUAUGACACCCUCCGAAAACCUCCCUCCCCCCCCCAACUCCCACACACCCCCUCCUCCCCUCCUGCAGCCUCUUUACAGUACUCACGAAGAGUAUGGUGUGGGGGGGUUGGACCUGAAUCUCUUGUUGA